AUGGCCGAGACAGCUGCAAAGCGAGUAAAGGCUGAUCCCCUCAUCAUUGGCACUCAUAAUGGCCACUUCCACGCCGACGAAGCCCUGGCCGUCUACAUGUUAAGGCUUCUGCCCGACUAUGCUUCUGCCACUCUCGUGAGAACUCGUGAUCCGGCCUUGCUCGAUUCGUGUCAUACGGUUGUCGAUGUUGGAGGAGAAUACGACGCUUCCAAAUAUCGGUUUGACCAUCACCAACGUACAUUCUCUUCCACCUUCCCCAAUCAUCAAACCAAGCUCUCCUCUGCCGGUCUUGUUUAUAUGCAUUUUGGCAAGGCCAUUAUUGCCCAGCACACCAAUCUUCCACUUGAUCAUCCCGACGUCGAAUUGCUCUACCAAAAACUCUAUGACGACUUCGUCGAAGCAGUGGACGCUAACGACAAUGGUAUCUCCAAAUACGAUGACACUCAACUCGCACAAGCCGGCGUCGAAGCUCGUUUCAAGGAUGGUGGUGUCACACUAGCCAGCCUGGUCAACGACUUGAAUCAUGAAGAUCCUCUUGCAGUCGGGGUUCCUUCCAGAAGCACUGAAGACCAGCCUCAAGCCGAGGAGGAUUAUCGGUUUGGUCAGGCUUCGACUCUGAUGGGCAAUUCCUUCCUCCGCAAACUUCAUAGUGCUGCUACCGCCUGGCUACCUGCCCGAACAAUUGUCAAGGAUGCCUUCAACUCGCGAUCCAGCAAUCAUCCAUCCGGAAGAUUGCUAGUAUUGCCCCGCGCUGGGAUUCCAUGGAAAAAUCAUCUCUACACUAUUGAGCAAGAGGCUGGUCUUCCAGACGACCAAAAUCUUCUUUUUGUCAUCUAUCCAGAGAAAGAGGACCCAGGUUCUAAAUGGAGAAUUCAAGCUGUCAGCAAAUCUUUGUCGAGCUUCGAAAAUCGUAAAAGUCUACCCGAACCAUGGUGUGGUGUGAGGGACGCUGAGUUGGAUGCCCUCCUUGGAGACAGUGUCCCAGAUGGAGCUGUUUUCGUUCAUGCCAGUGGUUUCAUUGGAGGCCACCAGACUGAAGCCGGUGUUCGCGCAAUGGCCGCCUUGGCUCUAGCAAGCUAA